AUGACGCACGCGUCCGAGUUCAAGUCGGGGCAUUUCCAGCGUAUCCGCCUCACCCCAACCUCGGCCACCAUCACCGACGACAUAUACGGCCAACACGAGAUCACCGAGCCUCCCCUCGUCACCCUUCUGGCAUGUGAGCCUGUCCGUCGCCUUGGCCGCGUCCACCAACACGGCAUGAGUGGUCUCCUGGGCCUCACUCCUCCCGUUACGCGUCUCGAACACAGUGUUGGCGCCAUGUUACUUGUCCGACGCGUUGGCGGGAGUGUGGCAGAACAAGCAGCCGCCCUCCUCCACGAUAUUAGCCAUACCGCACUCUCGCAUGUGGCCGAUGACGCAUUUCCCAGUGCUGGAUCAUACCAUGAAAUCCAUAAGGCGCGGUAUGUCGCCACGACGUGUCUCCCCGCCCUAAUCAAGGAGAUCGGAUUACCAUUGGAAGUACUGGAUGAGGAACUUUUCGGAUUGGUCGAACAGAGCGCGCCCCGACUUUGUGCGGAUAGGCUGGAUUAUGGCCUUCGGGACACCGUGGCGUUUCAACACCUCGACAUCGAGAUUGCAAAGGCCAUCUUUGCAGAUGUUUCCGCGUUCCCCGGGGUAAAUGCGAAUAAUCGCUGUCUCGCCCUCAGUAUACCAGAUCUCGCACUCGCACUUGCGCGCGCUUACAUCGCGACCGACGCAGGCGUGUGGUGUAACCCCGCCCACACGGAUAUGUAUCUGCGCGCAGGCGCACUCAUUCGGAACCUUGUGGCGGACGGACGCUUGGCCGAGGCUGAUCUGUGGCUCGACGAUGAGGCGUUCUGGGCCUCGAUGCGCGCCGCAUGUGACGAUGACGGCCGUCGUGAGAUGGACGCCCUGUAUACCAUUCCCGAGGAGAAGGGCCUCCGGCUUUCCAGUGACUGUAAGAUUCGCACGCUCGACCCAGACAUGGUCGUCGACGGCACUCUGGCUCCCCUGUCGCAGGUCAACCCCGUGUGGAACAAGGAGAGGCUGGCAUACAUCGCCGGUCGCAAGAUGCUCAUCAACCCACCCCCAACGGCGUGA